AUGGCCCAGUUCCUGAUGGUCACGGUAACCUUCGGUUGCAUCAGCCUCCUCUACCUGCUCCCGGGCACGCAGUCUGGCGGCCUGAGCAGGGGACUGAAGCUUUCCAGACCCAGAGAAUCCACAGCAAAGAUUCCUGCCAGUGGCCUGCAGCCUGGACACUCUUCACUACGACCUGUAGUUUGGAAGCCUCAUCAUGCCCCCCAGCCACAGGGAAGGGGCAACCCGACCCUUGCUAUGGUUCAUCUGCUUCAGGGUGCGGGCUCACGACACCCAGGUCCCCAGCGACACUUGGAACCUCGAAGACCUCAUGCCCAGCUUCUGCGGGUGGGCUGUGUCCUGGGCACAUGCCAAGUGCAGAAUCUCAGUCACCGCUUGUGGCAGCUGGUCCGGCCAAGUGGCCGGCGAGACUCAGCUCCUGUGGAUCCCAGCAGCCCCCACAGUUAUGGCUGAGGUGGGUCCUGAAUGGUCCACCUGGAGUGCUGUACUCUAAUCCCAGAGCUGCAGCCUGGUCCAGGUCUCUGGAGCUCCUGCUGGCAGCGAUUCCUCAUGGCUUUGGAUACUGUAAACCUAAACAUAUGAGGAUAUGUGG